UAACCCUGACGAAUGGGCUUUAAUAAACCCUAGAUCCAAGAAAAAACCCUUGUUUUUUACACUUUAAUUGAUGGGUGCAUUAAUUGGGUCUAUAGAUCCAAAGCUCAAUAAACGUUGCUCACUCUCCUCAGCUCUCCGCUCCCAGCUGACCUAGUUUUCUGCAACUCAAAACCCUAAUCUUACACUUCUUCUUCUCAUUAGGAAAACCGUAAUUCCUUACGAUUUCAGUUGCAUCUUCACCCAUCAAUCCUAAUUCGUUUGCAUUUUUCUUCUUCAUCUCAGAGCCGUCUUUCUUUGCGGCCAAUUCUUGUUUCACAGUCGGUAAUAGCGUUUCCACUUUCAAAACCCUAAUACUCUGGUGGGAUUAACGAGUUGGAGCCAUUUCUUCGCCAUUGGAACCCUGGAUCUCUGAAUUCAUGUCUUUUCUGUUGAUCCCCUGAUUCUCUGCAACAUUUAUUUGCAUCCGAACCCUAGUUUUUGAGAUAGUCCAAUCCUCUGCAUUCACAAUGCUGGGGCAGGCAACAAUGGGCAGAUCUUCUGGUUUCAACCCUGAUGCUUUAGGUCACAAUGCCAUGACCAUUAUCACCAACCUUUGCUUCACUGUAUUUGUGGUCUCUGUGUUGAUCUUCACCAUUAUAGCUGCAACUUAUCAACCUGAGGAUCCCCUUUUCCACCCAUCAACAAAGAUCACAACAUUUCUCACCUCGAAAUCAAAUGCCACAUUUCGAUCCGAUGAUUCGGUUUUAAGAACUGGAGAGGACUUCGUCUCAGCAAACCAGUCUACUUUCUUAACCUUCAUCAACAUAACUGAUAUAUUUCCAGCUUCAAAUGUUACUACUGUUGUCUCAGAACCUAUUGAAGAAUGCUCAAACUCCAUUAGAGAUCCAAUUGAUUGCACAGACCCUGAAAUCUUCCAUCUCAUGAUGAGAUUAGCCAUCGAAACCUUUAAUGACAUUCAUUUUUACAGGUUUGGGAAACCAGUGAGGGGUCCGAAUCUCACCACCUGUGAUAUGGCAUGGAGGUUUCGCCCUAAGGAAGGUAAGGCCGCUGCUUUUUACAAGGACUAUCGUAGUUUUGUUGUUUCUAGAUCAGAGAAUUGCACAUUUCGGGUGGCUUCGAUUGGGGAUUACCAUUCUGGUGUCUAUGCGAGGAAGAAGCAGAAGGGGAAACCCGGUGGCUUUGGGCCCAAAGCUAAGGCGGUUCAAGCUGAAUCACCUAUUUUGCUCCCUGUUUUGGGAGAAGCAGUGAAUGAUUCGGUCCCAGUAAUCGAAUCAGAGAGUGGGUUUAGCAGUGGAAAGUAUCUAUUGUACAAUGGUGGUGGCGAUAGAUGUAAAAGCAUGAAUCACUUCUUGUGGAGUUUCUUGUGUUCAUUGGGUGAAGCCCAGUAUUUGAAUCGAACACUGGUUAUGGAUCUGAAGCUGUGUUUGUCUUCGAUUUAUACUUCUUCACGUAAAGAUGAAGAAGGAAAAGAUUUCAGGUUUUACUUUGACUUUGAGCAUUUGAGAGAAUCAGCUUCCGUUUUGGAUCAAAACCAAUUCUGGUCAGAUUGGGGAAAAUGGCACAAGAAAGAUAAGCUUAGUUUGUACCUUAUUGAUGACAUCAAAGUUACACCAAUGCAGCUUGCUGAUAUUCAAAAUACAUUGAUAAUGAGGAAGUUUGGGGCUGUGGAGCCUGAUAACUAUUGGUACAGAGUUUGUGAGGGAGAAACAGAGUCAGUGAUUCAAAGGCCAUGGCACACGAUUUGGAAAUCGAGGAGAUUAAUGGAGAUAGUAUCGGCAAUUAGUGCCCGACUGAAUUGGGAUUUCGAUUCAGUUCAUGUAGUGAGAGGGGAGAAGGCAAGAAACACUGAGCUUUGGCCCAAUUUAGCUAAGGAUACUUCACCUGAAUCCCUGCUCUCUACACUCAAGGAUAAGAUCGAUGCUGGCCGAAACCUCUACAUCGCUACUAAUGAGCCAGAUACUUCAUUCUUCAAUCCUUUGAACGAUAGGUACACAACCCAUUUUCUCAAUGACUAUAGUGAUCUUUGGAAUGAGAACAGUGAGUGGUAUAAAGAGACCAAGGAGCUCAACUAUGGAGUGCCUGUGGCUUUUGAUGGCUAUAUGAGAGGGGAGGUUGACACUGAGGUGUUCUUGAGGGGGAAGAAACAGAUCGAGACGUUCAACGAACUUACUCGAGACUGUAAGGAUGGGAUCAACACAUGCUCUUCUUGAUGGGUACUCUCUCCCUCUCUCAUGCAUGUUCUGGUCAUUGCUUCUGUUAUGUUUGUCAGAUUAACUGAGGUGAUUUCUUAGGCUUUCGGAUUUGUUGUUUAGGAGAAUGAUCUAUGUACUGCUUGUAUUUGGGUGCCAUCAAAUUGAGUAUUGUAGGUUUGAUAGCCAUGUAAUAUCUCUCUUUUUCCUUUCUUUCAAUUGUUAGUGUUCUGAGAUCUCUUAUUUGUUAGCAAACUUCAUUAGACCUGCCAUUUUCCCACUUUAGAAGCUCUGUUUGAUACUUGUUACUUUAUUUCCUUCAUCUUAUUCCAUCAUUGUCUCA